CUGCCCUUCCCGGAGAGAAAGUGCGGCGGUGGCGGCGGUGGGAGAGAGCUUCCUCGGGAACCGGAGAUGGUGCGCUGAGUCACUUCCAUGAGAGGCUCCUAUACCACUCCAGAACAAGAAGGCAUUAAAGAAUAAGGGUGUGAGGGUACCAGUGCUUUGCUGUUGAGAAAUCUAGCUCCUAAGUGAAUGUAUUGAAGAUUUCUGGAGUUGAUGGGACAACUACCUCUACCUCAAAUUUUAUGAAUACUGCUAGCCAUGGCUGUGGAACUCUGUCUGCUCCUGCUGUUGUUUUGUGGAAGUACUAUUUCAGAGGUUCAGCCUAUAUACAAGCCGCCUCCUGGGACUUUGGAUUUUGGAUUUGUACCUGCCAAGACAUAUGAUACAGGUGCAUACCAUGAACCUGGGCCAAUAGGAAUUUUGUUUAAAGUAGUCCAUGCUUUCCUGUAUCUAGUGCAGCCCAAUCCUUUUCCUCAAGAUCUCAUCAGAAAACUAGCACAGCAGAAGUUUGGAAAUACACAGGGCGAUUAUCAAAAGCCCGAAAAUGUUGUCCUGACACUCCAGGCCAUCUACUAUGAGAUCGGUUUUAUAGUCUCCGCAGCCUUGGGAUUGCUAUUUAUUUUGUUACUGCCUCUUGUGGGACUUUGCUUCUGUAUGUGUCGUUGCUGUGACAACUGUGGUGGGGAAAUGCAUCAAAGACAGAAGAAAAAUGCUGACUGUCAGAGGAGCUGUUUUGCAACAUUUCUUUUUGUUGCUUCUUUAAUAAUAAGCGUUGGAGUGCUUUGUGCAUAUGCUGCCAACCAACACUUAACUAGUCAAGUCCGAGGAGCAAAGAAACUGGUCAACAGUAAUUUUAAAGAUCUGAAAGUUUUCCUUAACGACACUCCAGCGCAAAUUGACUACUUGGUGAGCCAGUACAACACAACUAAGGAUAAAGCGCUCUCUGACCUAAAUAAUGUUGGACCUUUGCUUGGUAGCAGAGUUCAAGAGCAGCUGGGGAAAGAAGUACGUCCCGCACUUGAUGCAGCUUUGACAAUGGCAGGAGCCAUCAGAGAAACGAAGGAAGCACUGGAAAACGUGAGUGUCUCUGUAGAAGUUUUGCAGGAAGGCACCGAGAGGCUUCAUGGAAAUUUGACAGAUGUUAAAAUGCACCUGAGCAACACCCUCAAUGAUUCUGCAUGCGCUGCAGCUCAGGCUGCCUCAACUUGCAAUAUCAUCAGGAAUUCAUUACAUCAACUGAACAUUAAUGCCAAUUUCAGUGGGUUGCCAGGGGUGAGCUCACAGCUUGCGAAGGUCAAUGAUGUCCUUAAAAUAGACCUUUCUAGUCUAGUUCAGAAGGGUUAUGCAGCAUUUAAUGAUACUCCAGACUUAGUAGUGAAUCAGACUAAGAACAUCUUAUCAGAUAUCAAAAAUGUGCUGGAAUCCAUCGGUUCAAAUAUCAGUAACUUCACAAAAACUCUCCCUGUCCAGAAGAUUAUAGCAGAUUUGACAGUAUAUCUGACACAGAGUGAAGCGUAUGUUCAAGACUAUUUUCCAGUAGUGGAGCAGUAUGAUUUCUACAGGUGGCUGGGUUGUCUCAUUCUCUGCUGCAUGGUGGUCCUGAUUGUGAUCUUUUACUAUCUUGGGUUGCUAUGUGGAACCUGUGGUUAUGAUAAACAUGCUUCUCCAACAACCAGAGGCUGCAUUUCCAACACUGGAGGAAACUUUCUUAUGGCUGGCGUUGGAUUCAGUUUUCUUUUCUCCUGGGUGCUGAUGAUUGUAGUGGUGCUUACUUUUGUCACAGGUGGAAAUAUAGAAAAACUGGUGUGUGAGCCCUUUGAAGAUAAAACUUUAUUCAAGGUUUUGGAUACUCCCUACUUACUAAAUCAGCAUUGGAAAAACUAUCUUUCUGGCAUUCUUUUUAAAAAUCCAAAUAUUAACUUGACUUUUGAAAAAGUAUACAGUGAUUGCAAGGAAAACAAAGGAAUUUAUACUUCCCUUCAUCUGGACCACCUGUUCAAUAUCAAUGAAUUUUUGAAUAUUAGUAUGUAUACAGAAGACGUAACGCUUAGAAUUGAACACAUUCAGAUAAACCUCAGCAAAAUCAUUCUGCUGGAUGAAAUUGGGAAAGAGAAUCUUCUGAAUUUCAGCUCUUCAGGAAUAGAAGGGAUAAACUUUGGAGCAUACUUGACAGAGAUCAAUAAAAGUGUUACCAAGGUUGAUCUUUUGUCAUUUGCUAAUGACUUAGAAGCAAGAGCAGACCAGCUGCCAAAAGGAGCACUGGAAAAUGCCUUAAAAGGACACGCAAACAGCAUUCGGAUGAUUCAUAGCCAGCAAGUUGUUCCACUGGAGCAAGCUAUGAGCACUUUAAAUCAGAGCAUUAGGCUGCUGAAGAGGACAUCAUCUGAACUUAUGGUAAAGGUGAAAAAUGUCAUUAGUGCUGUUAAUGCUGCCCAGCUUCUCAUAAAUAACAAUGCUUCUCUAGUUAUUGUCCAGGAAACAAAGAAGUACAUGGACACCAUCGUUGGCUACUUUGAGCAAUACAUUGAGUGGGUGAAGGAGUCGAUUGCCAUGGAGGUAGCAGCAUGCAAGCCAAUUGCCAAUGUGAUAGAUACAGCAGUGGAUAUAUUUUUAUGCAGCUAUGUAACUGAUUCUGUGAAUACCUUCUGGUUUGGUUUGGGAGGCUCUUCAAUAUUUUUAAUUCCUGCCAUAAUUUUUGCUGUGAAACUCUCCAAAUACUAUCGUAGAAUGGAUACAGAGGAUGUGUAUGAUGAUGUUGAAACUAUACCCUUGGAAAAUAUGGAAAAUGGUAAUAAUGGUUAUCAUAAAGAGCAUUUAUAUGGUAUACACAAUCCUGUUAUUACAAGGUAAACCAAGUCUGAAACUGCAUGUUUCCAUGUGUCCUAAUCUACUGUAUUAAUCGC